AUGUCUAGAAAGACAAUAUACACGGAAGACGCGCCAGCCGCCCCACUCAACGCUUCACAGGCGGUAGUAUGCAACGGUAUGGUUCAUUGCUCUGGUAGCCUUGCGCUCGAGGGGAAAACGAUGCAGAUCAUCCCGGGAGGUAUACAAGCAGAGACACAUCGGGUACUUGAAAACCUGUCCACCAUACUCAAAGCAGCUGGUAGUAGCCUUGCUAGCGUUAUCAAACUUAACAUCUUUAUCACCUCCAUGGACGACUUCAAGGCCAUGAAUGAAGUAUAUGAUAAGUUCUUCUCCAAAUUCGAUCAGAAACCGUGCCGGACGUGCAUACCGGUUCCGCAGCUGGCUCUCGGUGCCAAAGUCGAGAUGGAUUGUGUCGCAGUUUUGGAGAUGCCAAUUGCGAGACUGUAA